UGCCUCACCAAUACCAGCCGAUGUCUCGCUGGCUAACUUGCUGGCUCAAUCUUGGCUUGCAUGACAGAUUUACUUCAGACAAGAUUGCCCCUUUUAUAUCGUUUAGUACCCGAGUACAUCUAAUCAAUUUCAAAGUGUGGUUUUGGUAGAAAAGUUUUGCCUUGCUGGCAUUCCCCCUCAGUGUUUAUUUCUUUCUUCGUAAAAGCCUUCAGCAUCAGCCUAUUCCGAGUCGCGUGGCCCUUCCUACAUUCCUUUAUGGAGGCUCUGGAGCGGCGUGUCGUCAUAGACAGCCUAACCUCUGAAAAAUAUUUGCGAGUAGCAUCCAUCUCAGUUGCAUUUUACGAUUAUGUUCUUACACUCCCCGCAGAAUGGCGCUUUUACCGAAGCCAAUCGUCAAUUUUUCAUAUAAGUCUUGCCUGCACCUUAUUCAUUCUUAUACGCUAUAUUAGUAUCAUGGCUAUAGUAAUUAGCAAUUACGGAUUCUUCUCCACCACCUAUACCCUACAAACGUGUCAACAGUACUAUCUUGUGGCGCCUGCAUUCAAAGCCAUGCAAACAAUGAUAUCACAGGCAAUCUUAGGUGUCAGAGCAUUCAAUAUUGCAAGAAGAGAUAGGCGGAUAGGAAUUGUACUAUUGCUGCUAUACCUCCUGUCUGUUUCAGCGGAGUGGUUCUCCGAUAUGUUUCACCGGACUCUGUGGGCUGUUCAGAUCUUCGUGAACCAUAGCUGCACCUCGGGAGAUGCUGGCAAAGUAUUGUCAACCUGGUUCUAUUACCUCGCUGUGUUGGUGUAUGACAUUGUCAUAGUGACAAUUUCUACCAUGCAUCUUCUGCGUUAUAAUCCGCUCAGUAGCAGAGUUGAACAGCUAAUACGGGUCCUGAUCUAUGACGGCAUCGGAUAUCUCAUCGUGUUGUCCGCGGCGAAUGUGUUGAAUCUCAUCCUUUAUCAUACAACUAAUAUCGAUACUCAGGUAUUAGGUUAUGCUUUAACGUGGAUCAUGAGCCAACGGAUUCUCAUCAAUAUACGAGGAAUGUUAGAGCCACAUGUUCAACACUUGGAAAACGUGAUCGUCGCGCGUCCCACACUCACUGCAACGAAAAAAGUGAUGUCCGGUCUCCGCUCCCAGUUCGAGUCCAAGAGCCACUCCAAGGGCUCUAACGGCUCCAAAAACCCCGUCGAUACAGAGCUCAGGGCAAAAUCGCCUCGCAAUUCCAACGACAUGGAACUCGGUAUACGCGUACGCGUCGAGCGCUCGGUGAUGGUGGAUUACACGGAGGAAUCUGAGCAAUCUAGCUCAUGGGUAAAAUGAAUCUGAGGCACUGGCGCCGAAGAAGAAGGAACGACUAUUUGCUACGGGAUAAUACCCAAUAUACGAUAUUGACGUGUAUAUAUCCACCCGGUGC